UAAUUUGAGCGGAAGAAGGAAUAUGAAUAGGCGCAGCGUAGGAUAGAAGAAUAGAACUGAAGCUGUAUCAAGUAUCAAGUCGGCUGAACUAAACCGAUUAUCUACCGAACCCUUAAUACGCAUGGUUUGACGUUUAGGUUGAACAUGGCAACAAUGAGAAUGCGUGGAAAUGCUACAAAACUCAUAAUUUCCUUUUGUCGAACCAUUUCAUCAUCAACUCUUGCACCUCCUCCGGUUGUUUCUUCCCGAAGAGUAGUUGUCACUGGGUUAGGCAUGGUCACCCCUCUCGGUUGCGGAGUCCACGCCACGUGGAAGCGCCUCAUUGACGGGGAAUGUGGGGUCAGGGAACUGCGUUUGGAAGACCUCAAGAUGAAUGCUUUUCACGAAGAAACCCAAUCCACCACGUUUCAUCACUUGACAUCAAAAGUCGCUGCUCUUGUUCCUACUGGAACCAACCCUGGUGAAUUCACCGACCAAAUCUGGCUUAAUUCUAAGGAUCAUCGAUCAAUAGCAAGGUUUAUAGCAUAUGCACUAUGUGCUGCUGACGAAGCACUCAAGGAUUCUAAUUGGUUUCCUACUGAGCAGGAUGAUAAGGAAAGAACGGGAGUGUCUAUUGGUGGGGGAACUGGAAGUGUUAGUGACAUCUUAGAUUCUGCACAACUGAUAUGUGAGAAGCGUCUUCGUCGCCUUAGUCCAUUUUUUAUCCCACGAAUAUUGAUCAACAUGGCGUCAGGUCAUGUGAGCAUGAAAUAUGGGUUCCAGGGACCAAAUCAUGCCGCAGUCACUGCAUGCGCCACUGGCUCACAUUCUAUUGGUGAUGCAGUGAGAAUGAUUCAAUUUGGGGAUGCAGAUGUUAUGGUGGCUGGAGGCACAGAGUCCAGCAUUGAUGCAUUAUCAAUUGCAGGAUUCUGCAGGUCUCGGGCCUUGUCAACAAAGUAUAAUUCAAGCCCACAGGAAGCAUCACGACCGUUUGACAGUGGUCGAGAUGGGUUUGUGAUAGGUGAAGGUUCUGGAGUCUUGGUCUUGGAGGAAUUCGAGCAUGCAAAAAAUCGAGGAGCCAAAGUCUAUGCAGAGGUUCGUGGCUAUGGAAUGUCAGGUGAUGCAUAUCACAUUACUCAACCACCUAGUGAUGGGAGAGGUGCCAUUUUGGCCAUGACUCGUGCUCUAAGACAGUCAGGUCUUCAUCCUUCUGAAGUGGAUUACAUAAAUGCACAUGCUACAUCUACACCUUUAGGCGAUGCAAUAGAAGCUAAUGCUAUCAAAACUAUAUUCUCUGACCGUGCAAGCUCAUCUGCUUUAGCCUUCUCCUCCACAAAGGGGGCUAUUGGUCAUCUCCUAGGUGCUGCUGGAGCUGUUGAAGCAAUAUUUGCAGUUUUGGCAAUACGACAUGGAAUUGCUCCAUUAACUCUUAAUUUAACUAAGCCAGAUCCUGUGUUCGGUGAUGGUUUCAAGCCAUUGUCUGCUUCAGAAGAAAUGCCAAUUAGAGUAGCCAUGUCAAAUUCUUUUGGUUUCGGAGGCACAAAUGCGUCCCUACUUUUUGCUCACACUGGUUCGGACUGAUUAGAUGGUUGCAUCUCUUUCCAUUGGCAUUCUUUAACGAUAGCUGAUUGCUUCAUGGUGAGGAGAGUUCAAUGGCCUAAAGUUCUUGGCAGCGUACAUGUGCUUGAAGUUUAUGUUCUGCUAUGUACAUUUUGAUGCUGCCAAUUACUUUUUGAAUGUUAUUAUCUCGUAACUAUUUGGAAAGCAGCGUUGUUGACCAUUCUUAAAACGUUGAAUCCAAUUGCAAAUUCAUGUUUAAAAUCUUUUAUCUUAAAAUAAAUUUUAUAGUAAAAACUCA